GGCAUUGCAUAUCUGCGCCUGAACCCACACACAUUGAUUAAGGCGGUAUACAUCACGAACGUCUAGAAUAACUUGCAUUGUACUCGCUGGAGCGGUCGCACGAGUCACCCGCGCUUGCUGCCUUCACGCAGCGUUGACGACCUAUGGACUUCGUCGUGUACCAUAUCCGGAAUGCGGCCCAGUUCUGGUCAGAGCUGGAGGAUUGCUUGAAGUUACAGCCGGAUGCAACACUCGAUCAACUUGACUCUGCAUUGGAGACAUUCGUAUCAAUAUGCUCGUCUUACCAUCAGGAGUAUCUUCCCACGAAGAUGCAGAUGGACCAAGCGGUUCGGAUGCUCUUAAGCAGUGAGCUGUUCGCGUUCCAUUCUGAGCGGGAGAGCGAGCGAGUACUAAGCGAGGCUCGAACGUGCACCAACCCACAUACUCAGCUUAUCCUCUUCCACAUCCUCCUUCACCAUGGCCGAACACAUCCAUCUUUCUUUCGCUCUGUCAGUAAAUGGCAAACCCUCAUCCCUCUGCUCAUGGACCACCUGCUCGUCGACUGUGACGUGGUUGUGCCGUUCACAAGUGCUGGGGGCUGGGUGGAAGAAAGGAUGAGGGUACUGAGCGUGAAGGUUUUGUACGAGGUCUGCAGAGUUCAAAAGAUGGGGUUGAAUGAUUUGAGAAUGUUUGACAACGCAUUCAUUGAUCAUCUGUUUGACCUGAUCGAGCAUACACGUACAUUUCCUGAUGAAGACCUCAACUACUCGUUAAUCAAACUCAUCGUUGCCCUGAACGAGCAGUUCAUGGUCGCCUCCAUCCCUAAUCCGCAGCAUCAUCAUCACCAUCUCCAUGAUCCGCAAGGUCAGCCUAGCCCCCCAAAUUCGGCUAAUUCCCUCCACAUACCUGACACAGGCAGUACCAAAGUCCCGCAAAAUCGAGUUCUCGAGGUACUAGUCCGCCGCUUAGGCUCAACGAAGACUUUCGGCGAGAACAUGAUCUUCAUGCUCAAUCGGGCGGACGGAAGUGCGGAAGCGUUGUGCAUGCAGCUCUUGAUUCUGAAGAUGCUGUACCUACUGUUCACAACACGAGGGACACAGGAAUACUUCUACACGAAUGACUUGUGUGUCCUUGUGGACGUGUUUAUCCGAGAGCUGAAUGACCUACCGGAGGAGAGUGAAUCCUUACGUCAUACGUAUCUUCGUGUUCUUGAUCCGCUUCUAACCAAUACCCAACUCCGACUUGUCCCUUACAAGCGUCUAGAAAUCCGCCGCAUCCUUCAAGCUCACCUCGCAAAUGCUCACAUAAGAGUCAUUAACCCUACCACAAAACGCUUGGUUGAACGCUGUCUCUCUGCCCCUUGGGCUGGUAACCAUGGGCCAGAAGAAGAUUCGCGCUCUAUCUCCAGUACCGGGUCAGGCUCCUCCCCUGCCUCCCCGGUGUCCGCUCAUAGGGCUGGGGCCGCUGUUGACUCGCUUGUGCCCUCCCUCGCCUCCCUCCAUCUACCAAAGAAUGACAAUAAAAGCACGACAUCCGUCAAUGCCGUUGCAGCUGCAUCACCCGUCACCACGAGCCCGAAGACACGACCUCGCCGCGCUAGCCGUUCUUUGUCAGACCCUUCCAUCCCGCCUGUCGUGACCCCCGAGUUCACACGACAUCACCCGCCGGUGCCUCACCUCCCUGCCAAGCUGCGGCAUGAGCAUCCAGUACGCAAGGCCUCGGCUCUCCCAGUUCCACAUGACCGUAUACGUGGGGGCUCCGCGCCAUCAACCCCGCCAUUGAAGAAACGAAAACCGCCUGCCAUUCCUGACCGAAGCCACAAAUACAAGUAUACCACACCGCCGACGAUCAGUGUUGCAGAGUUUGGGGUACCUGUGGAGGCUGAGUGUUUGCCUGUUCCUGCAAAGUCUAGAGGAAGGGGGACAGUGCAGACAUGAGAGGCUUUGCGGGGUAAAUGCCAUCCAAUGGUGUUCGUGGUGUUGUUUUGCACACAGUGAGGUUGAUUCUCUUAUUCGAUUCUCUCUUCUCCCAGCUUGUCUUCGUUACAAUUACGUAUGCACAAUCCUUGCAUCAUAGCAUUCUUCCUUCUCGCAUAAUAGCUAUGUGUAAAUACUAUCAGCAGUGCUUUUGGCAUUAAAUUUAUCGUUAUGUCCCU